GGAAAAGUUUGAAACCAAAGUUACCACACUGGAUAAUGGGCUUCGCGUGGCAUCUCAAAAUAAGUUUGGACAAUUUUGUACAGUAGGAAUUCUUAUUAAUUCAGGAUCAAGAUAUGAAGCAAAAUAUCUUAGUGGAAUUGCUCACUUUUUGGAAAAAUUGGCGUUUUCGUCUACUGCUCGAUUUGACAGCAAAGAUGAAAUUCUGCUUACCUUGGAAAAGCAUGGGGGUAUUUGUGACUGCAAGGCAGCAGGACACCACUAUGUAUGCUGUGUCUGCUGACAGCAAAGGCUUGGACACUGUGGUUGGCUUACUGGCUGACGUGGUCCUACACCCCCGGCUGACAGAUGAAGAAAUGCAGAUGACUCGGAUGGCCAUCCAGUUUGAGCUGGAGGACCUGAAUAUGCGGCCCGACCCAGAACCGCUUCUCACUGAGAUGAUUCACGAAGCUGCUUAUGGGGAAAACACGGUCGGCCUCCACCGUUUCUGCCCCCCAGAAAACAUAGGGAAGAUUGACCGAGAAGUGCUUCAUUCCUACCUGAGAAACUACUACACCCCCGACCGCAUGGUGCUGGCUGGAGUGGGUGUCGAGCAUGAGCACCUGGUGGAAUGUGCCAGAAAAUACCUCCUGGGAACCCAGCCAGCCUGGGGGCACGUGAAGGCUGUGGAUGUCGAUAGAUCAGUCGCACAGUACACCGGGGGAAUGGUCAAGCUAGAAAGAGACAUGUCCAAUGUCAGCCUGGGCCCGACCCCGAUCCCUGAGCUCACACACAUCAUGGUGGGCCUCGAGAGCUGCUCCUUCCUGGAGGAAGAUUUCAUCCCCUUUGCCGUAUUGAACAUGAUGAUGGGUGGCGGCGGCUCCUUCUCAGCCGGUGGGCCCGGCAAGGGCAUGUUCUCCAGGCUCUACCUCAACGUGCUCAACAGGCACCACUGGAUGUAUAACGCGACCUCCUACCACCAUAGCUACGAGGACACAGGCCUCCUGUGCAUCCACGCCAGCGCCGACCCAAGACAGGUUCGAGAAAUGGUGGAAAUCAUCACAAAGGAAUUCAUUUUAAUGGGUGGGACUGUGGAUGUGGUGGAGCUGGAACGAGCCAAGACGCAGCUGAUGUCCAUGCUCAUGAUGAACCUGGAGUCCAGGCCUGUGAUCUUCGAGGACGUGGGGAGGCAGGUGCUGGCCACCCGUGCCAGGAAGCUGCCCCACGAGCUGUGUGCGCUCAUCUGCAAUGUGAAGCCAGAAGACGUCAAGAGAGUUGCUUCAAAAAUGCUCCGUGGUAAACCUGCAGUGGCCGCCCUGGGUGAUCUGACUGACCUGCCUUCUUACGAGCACAUCCAGGCGGCGUUGUCUAGCAAGGACGGGCACCUGCCCAGGAUGUACAGGCUCUUCCGGUAGAGUCCCUCCAAGCUCCGACGUAGACCGGAGUAGGUAGAGCACGUUUCUGUCCGUGUUACUGUGGAUGUGGAUUUAGUGUAAAAAGAUGUCAGGUUCUGUAAACAGUGCAGACAGUGAGACACUUUGCUUAACUUGAAUGGACAAAUUUAAUGUUGCCAGAACACCCACUCAGUCUCAUUCUUUCAGAAUCGAAUAUGCCUAUCAUUGGAAUAAAUAUUUACCUUCACUAAUCCAAGCAAGAAACCAGGUCAAGUGUAGAAAAAUUAAAAGCAGCCUGCUGUAAUAAAACCAGGUUAGUGUGGUCACCUUAUCACAAAUUCUCAGCAUGCAGGUCUGCUACAACUUCCUUAAGACCAGCGGUCACUGAGUGGGUGAGCGCCAAACGUGGGUCUGUUGGAGCCCUCCCGGCCUCCUGGGAGGCCUGCACUGCCCACCCCAAACUGCUGUGUUCCUGCAAUGGGUCCCAGGACUCACCUUUGACAAACUGGGCGAGGCAAGAGCACGUGGUGUGUGUGUGUCCACUGUAACUCUGAUAAUAAAGUGGGGACCGUUUUUCUUA